ACAUGAUAAGCGCAACAUAGAGAAACAGGAAGUGGUGUUUUCGUGUUUGGAGGCGCUUUACCAGCACCGUUUAGAGGUAGACUACAGGACUUUACAUGUGUUUGAGAAUGGGUUUGUUUUUGACAGAUGCGUUUGUCUUGACAUUUUUUGUUUUAGGAAUCGUUCAGAUAUCUGCCACGAAAAGAGACUUCUCUGUAGCAGGAUCUGAAGUGAGCGGACAUGGUGCUCUGAUGCCAAUGUCAGGCGCGCGUUUUUUGCCCGAGUCAUCACCUUUCAAAGCUCACAAGAUCGCUUAUGACUUCUCUCUCAGCUUGUCGUCUAGCUUUCCCGAAGAUCUGGAGGUCAGCGACUAUUGCCUGGCUCUGCUAGGUAUAUUUGGCGAACGCUAUGUAACGUACGUCAAAUGCCUUGUGUCCCAUGCACGUCCUGUCAAAAUAUGCGAGAAGUGUUACGCGAAUUACAACAACCUAAGGGAAAUUUACAACAACAUCUCGUCUGACUCGAUGGGUCCAGGCAAUAUGAGUUGCCAUGACAGUCUGGUCCGCUCAGACCGGUUGAUGCUGGUCUACAUGCUCUACAGCAGUAUGGAGGAAAUCUGGAGCACGGCCUCAUGCACACAUUGCUUCACACCAGACGAGAAGAGUCUGAGUAACAACACCCUGCACAUCCUCACCGCUCUCAACACAUCGCUCAGCUGCUUUGAGACGCACCAGGGAAAUCACACAGAACUUUGUAAAGAAUGCAAAGCACUGUACCGAUCCCUAAGUGAACUUUACAGCACAAUGGAGUAUAACAACAUACUCUGUAUUGACCUUGAGGAUGCGAUGAACGUGACGCGGCGUUUGUGGAGUAAGACCUACGGCUGCUCGUUCCCCCGUGAAGAGACGGUGCCGGUGAUCGCCGUGUCUGGCUUCAUGCUCUUCCUGCCUGUCAUCUUCUACUUGAGCAGCUUCCUGCACUCUGAACAAAAGAAACGCAAACUCAUACACCCCAAGAGGGCGAAGUCCAGCCACAGUCUCAUGAACAUCCAGGACAAGUUCAGCUGAGCAGGAGACUCACAGACACUGCAGGAAGAGGGGGGUCGGAGGAGAGGAGAGCCUGGAGAUGGAUGAAGCCUGUGCCACUGUGGUGUUACUGAUGGGGUCUGUGAUAUUUGUGUUUUCUUUAAGGUGUGGGGUUUUGGUGAUUGGUGGAUGUUGGUGCUCAUGCUCAGACGUGAGUAAGGAUAUUGGACUGCAAAGCAGUCUGGCACCGUUUUCUUUUUGGAAGAUUUAGGAAAUGGGUUUAAGAACGAUUGAAGUGAGUCAAAGAACGUGGAUAGCUGUGCUUGACUGUUGCAAAAUACUCCUUGUAAUAUUGCUCUUCAGUCUCCAGUUUAAGGGCCUGUUACCAAACUCAAGCAGACCUCUAUGACCCCCUCUUGUGUAUAAGUGCACAGGCUUUCUACCUUUGAAAAUGAUCGGAUGGAGGUUUGAUUUGGUCCAAGAUUUAUGAAAUAUAAACAAACUAUGACAUUGUUUCCUGUACCAUUAUGAAGGAUGGAAUCAUUCAAACAGAAAGAUAUUUCUUUGUGACCAUCUUAAAAUGUGUUACUCCUGUGUUUUGGCCUUCAGAGAGUAACUAUAGGCUAUACCCCGGGCUGUUUGUAAGUGUGAACCAUUUUGUGCUACAAAUUGGCAAAUUCUUAUAACAUGGUGGAGUCAUCAUUUUUGCAUUUUGACUAUUCUUGUUUUUGUUUUUAUUGUUGUUGGUGAGACACCAGAGUUAAAGUAAAGUCUUCACAGCCAUAUUACCUCAGUCAGGUACGAAGCAUAUAUUUUAUAAUGUAUUGUGUUUCAUUUUUGUGUUGUGUUAUUAUUGUUUCUUUUAGUUUUUUUGUGCUGAUGUUUUUUGCCGGUGUGUGUUCAUGUGGCAUAUAAUAGAAUAGAGUUGAGCUCACCUCUUUCCCUCUCUCUCACAUGGGAAGAAGCAGAUAUCCAUUAGUGAGAGACCCAUUAACAGCUACCCCUUCUGAGGUCAAAGAUGGCUUAUAGUGGAAGAGAGGGAGAAAGAUUGAGAGCUCAGGUCAGAGAUGGUUUAGAGACAGAGCGAGAGAGCACUCAUUCGCAAUUCACCGCACUUCUUUUCUUUUUCUCAGUUGCUCUUAACCCCGUUGUGUGUGUGUGUGUGUGUGUGUGUGUGUGUGUGUGUGUG